UGAGGAAGCGAUAUGCGCGGUAUGUAAGGGCACGUGGCUUGGCGGGGAAGCAGGCAGGGGUGAGGUGUGAGGCCAGGCACUCGGCACGCGCCUGGCGUCAUGUACCACCACCUGGCGCUCGGGUGAGGGGAGCAGCGCCUCAGGUAAUCGAUUCAUGAAUAGCGUGCUGGUAGUGGAGGCGGUGGAGGCUCCUCGUCAGUGCCACUCCGCGAGCCACAUCGGUGAAGUGUGCGUCGUGAGUCGUGAGUCGUGACUCACUUCUCGCUGCCUGCGGGCUGCGUUUGUAACACACUCCAGAGAGGCACGUCAAAACCGCUCUCUCGCUUUGUUACGCCAAAGAAGUGAGGUCCCAUCGAUGCCCCGGCCAGUGCUGAGCCCUCAUCGGCAGCAAGACGCAGCGUGGGACGCAGAGUAGGUUACGAAAGUGAGGAAAGUCCAAGGUGUGGUGAUAUUCCUAUCCAGUGCCACUGCCCUCAGUGACAGCUGAAGACAGUGUGAGCUGCUGGCCAGGCUGUGGUGACGAGGGAUAGAAGCACGGCAGCGUCCUUGGUAACCUGGACGCGUCGGAGCCUCGUGAACCGUGACCACCAGGCAAGAGUGAGGUCCCGCAAUCGAUAGUGAGUGGACCUGUGGCGUGGUGCAUAGAGGUGAUCAGGUGCGGGGGAGGGUCCGGGUGGAGUGACGACCAGUGAGUCCCCGCCAUCCCUCCCCCGCCUCCCCAGGAUGGCACCAUCACCAGCACGCCUCCACACCCCUCCCUCCCUCUGCACCACAAGGCCACGUGGAAAGAAUUCAUGGCAUGGUGAUCUUGUCACCCGUGGUCAUCCAAGGGGCGUUCCCAGUACCCUCAGGACGUGGGUGUGGGCGUGGAUCAGUCUAGCCUUGCUCGUGACUCCCUUGCACGCCAAGUACGUGGAAGGUUUCCUUAAGACUUCAGAGCGGUGGGCCUUCCUGGCACGGUUCUGCUUCCUCACGCAAGACGGCUCAUUUUCCUUCGAAGUGGAGUACGACUUGCGGUACGCCCCUCAACGCCUCCUGCUGUAUUACGACACACCAGAGCAGUGGCCCGCCGUGUAUGGCUCUCACAAGACUUGCGAGGAGAAGGAGGCUGUGGUGCGUCCAGAGAACCACACACGGAUCUACCUGACGAAGCGGUCCUACAUGGCUGACUGCAGGGUGGAGCGACUUUCGGGGGAUGUCUCGCACUACCACUGCCGCGGGAAGAACCGUUUCAUCAGCGCCAGGGACCGGUGGUGGUUCAUUGCCGCCAGUAACUGUGAGAGUAGUAAGGGUCUGGAGAUGAGGUACAAAUUAACAAUGACCAAUGGAUACUCUUAUUGGUACAAACACUUCUCGGCGGAUGAGUUUUACAUCCUGAGGACCAAUUUGACAGCACUGGUGUUGCAACUUGGCAUUGUAUUCCUCUCCAUCCUUGCCUCGGCGGAGCUCAAGAAGCGGGAUCUGCUGCACACGUCCUACCAUUUGUACCUGACGGCGGCCCUUACGCAGGUGUUCGCCCUCGUUUUCCUCACCGCCCACUACGCGAAAUAUGGCUUCAACGGCAUCGGCUAUCCCUUCUGCAGACUCGUGGGGCGGGGACUGCAUGCCGCCAGCACGGUGCUCAUGGUGCUGCUGCUGCUGCUGGCCGCCAAGGGCUUCAACAUCACCCGAGGAAGGCUGCGUCAGAACUCCGCCGUGCGCCUCACAGCCUUCAUGUGUAUCUACAGCGUCACCUGCAUGUGUCUCUUUAUCUACGAGCAGCAUGUGUUCGACCCUGGUGAGGUGCUGUACCUGUACGAGUCACCUGCAGGCUACGGGUUAGUGGGGCUGCGGCUGCUGGCGUGGCUCAUGUUCCUCUACUCCUGCUUCUUCACCGUCAAGCACUACCCGGAGAAGAGUGGGUUCUACGGGCCCUUUUUCUGUUUCUAUUCCCUUUGGUGAGUUCUGGCGGGGCCCGUGGUGAUCGUUAUCAGCAACCACGUGAUCGACAAGUGGGUCCGAGAGAAGGUGGUGAACGGUGUCGAUUUGUUCAUCACUCUCAUAGGUCAUCUCUUCUAUUUGUUACUAACACGUCCCAGCGCAGCCAACAAAAACUUUCCCUUCCACGUCCGCACGUCACAAGUUCGGGCGCUGGAGCAGUCAACAACAGGUGUGGUGGGCAAUAAUACCAUAGACGCCUUCUCCUCCAACCGCUAUGCCCCAGACCUGACCGAGCCCCGCACCCACGCCGCGCCUGACCUCUUCCUUGUGUCUGGGGCAGUGGAGAUGGUGCCCCUUCCGCCUCCGAAGACUAUUCUACAACAAGACAGCAGUUACCCACACCACACCCCUGGAAUAGCUCCGCCCCUAAAAGAUAUCAACCCCACUGCUCCGCCCGUGAAGGAUACCAGCCCCACCGCCCCUCCCAUGAGCCUUGCGGACACCUCACCUCCCUCCUGAAGAUUCCCCAUGGAGCCGCCCACCACCACCUACCUCGGCCUCUCCACCAAAGACCUUUACCUCAUCCUGCAUGUCACCGUGACACUUUCUACCGCCCCUCAUGUGUAUGUAGCGUGCGGAAGCUGAGUAUUUGGUCUACACAUGCAAUAAAUUUUUUUUUUCCGAGA